UAUAUACGUGUAAAAGUAAGUUGUAUUUAUUAAAUGGUACUUAUCUGUGGGCAUGUUUUAUACAUUUUUUGAUGACAAUGAAUUGCAAUUAUUCUCUCUAUGUUUUCGUUUAAUGAUAAAAACGCUCGUUUUAGUUUGUUGGCAAUAACAUUUAUAAGCUACAAUAACAAUGAUAUCGCUCGACUUCGAUAUCAAUAAGAGUGUCCGUAGAGUGUGAAAAUAUGGUUUGUUUUGAAUCGUUUUUUCGCCAAACGCAUUUAACAUUCGCUCGAACGGAAAACAUCGUAAGGAAACUGGCUUGCCUUAGACCCAAAUAGUCGACGGCGUGUAUCAGACACAAGACGCUGAUCAUCUAUUUGCGUAUUAGAUUGACAAAUGUUUUUUUGGCAAAGCAACGCUCGCUUCAAGAUAUUAUAAUAUUUUUAAAUUCUUUCUUGGCUAUGAUUUCACCAUUUUUGUAAAGAGAUAGCAACCGAUAUUCAUUUAUAUAUAUUUUCGCACACAUGAAACUGUUGACUACAUUGAUAACAAUAUAUCGUACGUUGUAAAAGUAUAUAAGAGGAACAUAAAUAUAAUUUUAUCUCUGCGAACCAACAUAAAGCAUAAUGAAAGGUUGCAUAGUUCUCACGUUUUUGCUGGCAGUUAUUGCAUCGAUCGAUGCGAGGCGGUUCCGAUGCGACUACAAAUAUUUUCCAGAAGCUGACGGCUACCUAAAGCUGCACAGGAUCCCCGCGAAUUGGACAGAAGCUCGCCUAAGAUGUCACCUUGAAGGAGCGAAAAUUGCAUCACCUCUAAAUGAUGAGCUGAAGACCGCCAUGGUGUCAAUGAUGGAUGUUACUCCCAAGCUCAAGUGUGGGGUGUUUCUGGGCAUCCAUGCAACAUUCUCUAGAGGAGACUUCUUCUCCGUGGAAGGAGUACCACUCUCCCAAAUUCCUCACACUUGGGCGGAUGGUGAGCCUGACAACUAUAAAAACGCAGAGAGCUGUCUUCGCAUGACAGAGGAUAGGGAAUUCGCUGAUGUCAACUGCGCAGAAAUAUAUCCCUAUUUCUGCUACAAGAAAACUCCUGUUACGAAUUCACUUGUUAUGAACGAGUGCGGUACGACAGAUCCUGAGUACGUAUUGGACAAUCGCACAGGCAGCUGCUACAAGUUCCACACGAUUCCACGCACCUGGUCCAGAGCCUACAUGGCCUGCGCUGCAGAAGGAGGAUACCUGGCUAUUAUCAAUAGCGAUACUGAAUCUCAGGUGGCAAAGGAAAUAUUCGCUAAACACCCCGAUGGUAAUAUUCUGGGUAACACCGCGAAGGACGUAGCUUUCAUCGGCUUCCACGACUGGGGAGAGCACGGCGAGUGGCUCACAAUCAAUAGUGACACACUUCAGGAAGCCGGUUUUAGUAAGUUCUCGCCUGGAGAACCCAAUCAUGCCAUCACAGGAGAAUUUUGUGGAUCUAUUUACAGGAAUGGCAAAAUUAAUGAUCUGUGGUGUGAGAACCAAUAUGCCUUCCUCUGUGAAAAGAACCCUGGAAGCCUUAUGUGUGAACAAGACGAAUCACCUGAUAAAUUAAUUAAAGUGACAAAAAAAUCUGAUAUUUCGGAUUCAUAUUUAUUUGGCAAUUUCAAGUGAGGAUUAUAAAACCAAUAAUUCAAUGGUGUAAAAUAAAUAAAUUUGCUUCAUACACUAAGGUCUCUAGCCCA